AUGCAGAAAGUACCUUCUGUUAGUUUUGACAAUGCGACCAAUGGCAGCACUCUCUUACACAGGAAAGAAAAUUAUAAGCAGAAGCCAACUGACAACAGUAAGUCUGUGAACUUGUCAAAUAGAGCAUCUACAUCCUCCAAAAGGAAUUCGAGGUUGGAGGUUGAAGAAGAGGUUGAUAUGUUAUUAUCAUUUUGUCGACACAAGGAAAAAGUACUGUUGUCUGCUGGUUGGGCAGUUAGUAUUACACAUGUAGGACAGAAAUUUGAAGGUGGAAUUGUUGAAUUUCGUAAUGCAUUGUCAAUGUUUUCUAUUGAGUGUGGAUUUGAGUUCAUAUUUGUUAAGAAUGAUAAAGUUCGUGUUACUGCACAAUGUUUGUUUAGAGAGACAAAAGGUUGCAUGUGGAAUGUUCAUGGUAGAGUAGAGAAUGCUAAUGGGUUCUUUUAUAUAAGGAAGCUGAACAAUGUCCACACAUGUGGUGCUGAAGUACGUACGAUGAAUCAUUCUCGUAUGAGUUCUAAUUUAGUUGUUGAUUUGAUUGCUGAAGGUGUUCGUGAUAAUCCAUUGACAUGUCCAGUUCAUGUUGUUCGGGAUUUUAAGUUGGGGUAUGGGUUGAGAGUUAGUUAUUGUCAAGCUUGGUUGGGGGUAGAGAAAGCAAAAUGUGAGAUUUUUGGAGACUACUUAAUGUCAUUUGACCAGUUAAGAUGGUAUGUAGAUAUUGCAAAGAGUUGCAAUCCAAGGAGUUACAUUGAGUUUGAGUGUGACGAUGAUACUAAACGGUUUAAGAGAUUAUUUGUUUUUUUUCAUGGUUCCAUUAGUGGAUUUGAUUAUUGUCGACCUCUCUUAUUCAUUGAUGGCACAUUUUUGAAGAGAAGAUUUAGAGGAAAUUUACUUGCUGCUACAGGAAAAGAUGGAAAUCAAGGGUUCUUUCUUGUUUGUUUUGUAGUUGUUGGCUCAAAGAAUCAAGACAACUGGCAUUGGUUUUUGGAGCAUUUGAGUACAAUUGUUUCACCAGAACAAAAUAUUACAUUCGUAUCAGAUCGUAACCUUGGAUUAGUUGAAGAAAUUGAGAAAGUUCUCAUUGUUGGCUCAAAGAAUCAAGACAACUGGCAUUGGUUUUUGGAGCAUUUGAGUACAAUUGUUUCACUAGAACGAAAUAUUACAUUCGUGUCAGAUCGUAACCUUGGAUUAGUUGAAGUUUUGCCAAAGGUUUUCCUAAUGGCAUUCCAUGCUUAUUGUUUAUAUCAUUUGAAGAUGAACUUGAGGCAUCAUUUGCGUGGUAUGUUUCAUGGAUUGAAAGAAAAGCUGAUCACUCUGUUUGGGAAAUGUGCAUAUGCUCCAAUUGAAGAAACAUUUCAUCAAUGUUUGGUUGAGUUAAAGACUGAAGGUAGGUCAAGAGUUGAAAAGUUUUUAGAUGACAUACCAUAUGAUCAUUGGAGUAAUGCAUAUUUUCGAGGGCAACGCUUUGGAGAGAUGUGGUCAAAUGUAGCUGAAUCUUUUAAUUCGUGGAUAUGA